AUGUCGGAGAAAAAAGAAGAUCUCAACACAGCACGCAUCUGCGUGAUGGUCCUGCUGCCAACUAUCACCCUUGUGUGUGGAGUUUUGCCCACCUGGCUUGCUCAAAUCUUCAAGUGGGACAAAAAAACAAUUGACGGACUAAAGGGAAAAAGAGCGCAGUGUUACUUCUCCUUGAUACUGUGUUUUGCGGGCGGAGUGCUCAUGGCCACGGUUUUCAUGCACCUUUUGCCCGAAUUGGAAAAUGACUGCAAGGAGCAGGUGGAGAUAGGCAACUUGCCUGAUCUGGGCGAAGCUGUUCCGUGGGCCACGUUGUUCCUCAGUUGCGGCUUUUUCUUCGUCUACUUCGUGGAGGAGCUUGCUCAUUCAUUUGUCACGUGGCAGAAAAAAGGAACGAGCUUUAAGCCAUCCAUCGCGGAAGUCGAAAUGAAUUCGGGGACAGCUAAAUAUACUGUCGAGGGUCCAAAUAAAACUGGAGUAACAGAUGGAAGUCUCCGUGUUCAAGUAGGCUGCUGUGCUGUGCAAGACCACAUUAUAUUGGACGAAGAUGACAACUCGGUGAUGUCCAACGUGAGAAACGUCCUCACCAUCCUGGCUCUCUCCUGCCACUGCUUUUUCGAGGGUUUUGCAGUUGGCAUGGAGGAUACGACGGCAGGCAUCUGGUACCUUUUCAGCGCUGUUUCCUCACACAAAUACGUCCUCUCAUUCUGCAUUGGUGUCGAAAUGCUCGCGUGCAACACAAAGACGAUCCUCAUCUACAUCUACACAGGGAUUUUCGGUUUGUCUAGCACGUUUGGCAUUGCUGGCGGAUGGAUAAUAGUGGAGACGGGAUCAGAAGGUGCCGAAAAACACGCAGCUGCGGUUGUUUUGCAAGGCAUGGCAAUGGGGACCAUCGUGUAUGUCACAUUCUUCGAGAUAUUGCAAAACGAAAAGGCUAAGCGCCAAAACAGCUACCUCCAACUUGCCUCGGUCAUUAUAGGUUUUGUCAGCAUGUCCCUACUGAUGAGCCUGGGUAAGAGUCAUCAAUAUAUCGAGUAAUUAUUGCUUAAUCUA